UUCAUGAAUGGUAAAGCCAUUGUGAAGAUUCUCGACCAUUCAGAGUCAGCAAACGAAGAGAUACUCGACCACUUGAAUAACUGCUUAUCUUCCGAGCAUCAAUUACCCGAGAGUAUUAGACCUCGUAUAUGGAAUUUUCUUUUGUUGGGAAAAAGUGGAGUACCAGAACUACAUAUUCCUGUUCGUGAACUGAACACUGCCUUGAACAGUUUAUCCAACACGGUGAAGGAACAAAUAUGGUUAGAUGUAAAUAGACUGCGACCCAGUUUAUGGUUAUUUCAACAAAAACAAGUUCGUGUCAUGGCUUACUGUAUGCUUUGUUUAUUUUGUUAUCAACGUGAAAUAUCUUAUUUCCAAGGGUUACACGAAAUGUUGGCGCCUUUUAUUUUUCUGUUUCAACACGAAGUUGUUACGUGGUCAGAUGAUGUCUCUUUUAGUAUUGGAGACAGUAAAGUACCACAAGUGGCUAUAUUUUCACCUCUAUGGAAGUGCUAUCAACUCUUUUGUGCAUUUCUCGAACGUUUUGCUCCGUUUUUAUUAGAGAAAUCGGAAGAAAUGCUCUUUCGUUUGUUGAAAAGAGCCUUUUGUUACUUUCAGAUUUUGCUCGUCUAUCAUAGUCCACGGUUGUUUUGGACACUGGCAGAUGCAGAAGUAACUCCCGAUAUGUAUUGCAUCAGUUGGUUUGUGACGUUGUUUGCAAGAAAUGUAAACUUGGAAGAAUUGUUGGUACUUUAUGAUUGUUUAUUGGUUUCUGGAAAUGUGAUGAGUAUUUUUUAUUUUGCUUUGGAGUUGAUCAGUCGACAUCAAACCAUCAUUUUACAAUCCAACAAAGCCAUGUUACCUGAAACUUUGAUGAACAUUUCAGUGAAUGGUAAUGAUCAAGUAUGGGAAACUUGGCUAGGUGGACAAAGGAAACAGUGCAUUACACCGCAAGGCUUCCAUCGUCGUUUCUAUCGAGCACUUUAUGAAACAAAAGAGUAUUCUAAAGAAGAUACAUCGUUGGACAAGAAUUGUAUUCAGUUGCAAGUUGAUGACUGGUUAGAGGAAUGGAAUCGAACGCACCAACUCAAGGAUUCUUCGUCUAUUUUGCCGUUCUUUUUGUGGGAUUGUAGAAGUAAGGAAGAAUAUGAUGCGGGGCAUUUGGCAAUAGCUGCUAGAAUUCCUUGGGAAUCCUUUCAUAUAGCAACAGAAGGAGACAAUAAGAAGACAAGGGUGAUGGUUCCUACCCAGGAAACGCUGAAUCAGGCAGUCGAAAUGUUCGAACCUUUGAGAAAUAUUGUUAGAAUAUGUUUGAUUGGUUCAGGAGAUGAUAUAUUGGAUCAGAUCGAUGUUUAUCCUAUGGCAUUGGCGUUGACUCGAUCCUAUUUUGCCUAUGUUUCUAUUUUAAGUGGUGGAAUUCAUUCAAUUUUGGAAUGGAAACAACAAAGAAAUGAUAAAGCGUUACCACAUCAUUUAGAUUGGGUUGAUUUGGAUUCCAUGAGUCAAAGGUUGAUAGAAGAGAGAAGAAAGGCGAGCAUUCAGUCAACCAUAGACUCUUCGACUUUGUUGAAUAGUCAGCCAAUAGUGGAUUUGCGUCAUUCGUUCAAUCGUUUGGUUUCCAAAUGGGUAAGAGGAGGAAAGACAGCUUCAACUAUGAACUUUCCUCCAUCCAAUAAUGUGGAAGAAAAAUCUCCCCAACAACAAAGUAUAGAGGAGAGUAAGUUGGGAAGUUUGGCAGAUUCACUUUUGAUGAGAGAAAAUGAACGACUGGUCUCCAAACAUUGGUUGGAUUCUCCAUUACGUUGUGAUACUUGUGAUGCAACAACAUGGAAAGUUUGGUGUCAACGAGUCCCUAAAAUAGGUUCCGUCGUAGAUCUCGAUAGAGAGGAAUGGAUUGCUUCUUUGCAACUUUUUUAUGUACAGACUUGGUCAGAGUCCAGAAACGAAUGGACCAACAGAAUGAUAGGUAUUUCAGAAUAUUAUUUUGUUGUAUUGGCUAGAGACACUUUACAUACGUCUUAUGCAAGCAUCAAGACAUUUAGGCCAUUGGAAGAUAUUCAUCAAGUGGAAAACAAAAAAGAUAAUGUAGUUGUGAUAUAUGUAAAAGCUUGUGUCGAAGCAAGCGAUGAUAUUCCAUGGCCUUGGGAUAGACAAGAUGAAAAGUGGAUCAUCAAGUUGGAUGAAAGACAAGUGAAUAAGUUUAUCGAAUUGUUGAAAAAGUGAUAAUUAUCGAUGCCAGUCAGUCAAGUAGCUGUUCCAUUGGACGAGUUGGAAGAGUUGAUAGAAAAGAGGUUGGAAAAGUUGAAGUAUAAUGAACAAGAAAUACAAGUCAUAAAACAAGUAAUCUUGUA